UCCGGUUGGAGUAAGACCGGUCGGUAGUUUCGUGGCUAAUCAUUGACAAGUUUACCACUGGAUGAUGUCGUAUAAAAUGACGUCGGUUUUGUCACUAGAAAUGUGACACUCUGACGAUCUUUUGUGAUCAUUUGUUUCUAACCUCCCCGAUACUUGUAUCAGUUACGUAAGUUGCGGCGCCGGUACGGCAAGUCAAACUUUUUGAUUGCCGUUUCGAGAGUUCUCGUCGUUUCUUCUUAUCAGCCAUCGCUCCGAAUAGUGAAAAGAGCGUUAGCUAAGUUUUAUCGGCAGAAAAGUGCUGUAAGCGUAAUAGGUGACUUCUGGAAAUACAAUGUCAGACACCGAAGACGAUAUUCUAACGCCGCUGCCAGACCCGGGGGAUGUGGAAAUUACCCCUGGGAAGUUUGAUUCGGCGAUAAACGGUGAAAUCGGACAUGUGGUUCGCAAGGGAUCUCUUUUCGGUUUAGAGCAAAAAAAUCCAACUUUAUUUAACAUGGAAAAUUUCACUUUUAGUACUGGAUUAAACAGAUUUGGUGGUAAUCGUUUGCGAAGGGAGAGCGAAGCCAGCGAGGCAGAAACCUUGCCUGAGUUGAGCGAUUCAGAAGAUGAAGACGAAGAUGAAGAUGAAGACGAAGAGGACCCUCCGGCUUACAAACAUUUAGAUACUCGAAAUGAGAAGACAGAGAUAGAAAAACCACCACCGUUCCCGACGUCACCACCCCCCUCGCGGAGAAAGUCAGCAAUGAAGAUGCCAAAAGAGCAGGGCGUAAAGCCCAAGGGACCUGCCGCCAAGCUUUGGGACAUUUUCCGUAUAACAUCACCGGACAACGAAGAACUCUCAGAGAGCUGGUGCCUAGAGGUAACCAAGCGGGUCUGCAAGGUGAUCGUAUACUGGCUUCUCCUCUUCUUCAUCCUCGGGUCGACCGUCAUCCAUAAAAUCACGCUUAUGAUCUCGGUGGCCCAGUCUAGGACAGAAAAGUGGCUGACUUGCGAGGUUGACAUGUUUGGGAAUUUGACGAACUGCAUAGUGGAUCCGGGAGUUCACAAAGACACCAAUUUGACGGAUAAGGUUCGCUGUGAUGAGGUCUCCGUGAGGUGGAUAUGGGGACUUGCAGCCACCAUGUGUUUUCCCUAUCUCCUAACUUUCAUGCAGUGUUUAUUCAAGGUUCUCUUCAAGGUAACGCUGUGGCCGAGUUUGGGGACGUUCUUUGCGGUUCUUGUCGUGGAAACGUGUCACUCAGUUGGACUGUGCAUCCUCGUCUUCCUCGUCCUUCCCUUUCUUGACAUCACUCAAGGUUUGCUGAUUAUGCACGGAGUAGCGCUUAUACCCAGCCUUCUUCAGCUUAUCUUGCGCCCACGUGCCGAGGCCGAGAAGUACCGCCCCCUACACAUAUUCUCAGACUCAGUAGCGAUUCUAGUUCAGCUCUCAGCAUUGUUUUUCGUCCCUACACUAGAGACAGUAUCAAGGAAAAAUGCGACAGAUACAGAGAGCUCUUUUUAUCUGACCUAUAAUGAGUAUGACAACUCUGCCAUUACCCCGGCCAUUAGAAUGUGGCUCAUACCCGUCUCCCUAUUUCUCAUUUCUUUAUCUUGGUGGGAAAACUUUGUGUGGAUUGACCGAAAAUCUAGCAAAUUCAGCAAUCUCCCAGACCGCAGUUUCAUCCACAAGGUUUUGGUAAAACAUAAGAAAAAAAUACGCCAGGCCAAGAACAAAAUUUACUUUUUCAUAAGUGCGUGGAAGUUGGCUAUAACCCCGGUACUACUUCUGGCACUGAUCGUCAGCACAAACAGUUUGGACGUAUUUUCGCUGUUCCAUUUGGAUUUCCAACGAUGUAAGGGAACUGACAAUCAGGACAUCGAAGGAGAACCUUAUUUUUCUACAGCCACUUGGGAAGCAGGUAUCGCCAUGCUGAUUCAGGUGUGCUGUAGUCUCGUCUGCUGGUACUGCGCUAAAACGGCCUGUAAGAUACAGAUGCAGCGUGUUAGUUUUGCUGCUCCCCUAUCGGUGGCGACACCUGUUGCAGUUGCCAUACUCAUUGGCCUUGGCUCGGAUGAGAACAAGUCGUAUUCCUCUCUGAUCACUGAUCACCUGGAGUGGAACUUUCCCGACUUUACCACCGACUUGAGCGAGAGAUACCGCUGGCUGUGGAUAUGGAUAAUUUGGUGGCCAUCACUUGCAUGGAUAACUUUCUAUAUCUGGAUGCCAAGAUCUGAACGACUGGCCAAAGGAGAGAAGUUGUUUGUGAAGCCGUUCAACUGCAGCAUUCUUCUAGAACAGGACAUGAAGCUGAACCGGCGGCGAGACGACAGGGAGUUUGUGAAGGACGAGAAGGUACGUGAUUACAUGCGCGUGGAGGAGGUAAUGAACAACCCGAAAUCGUUCGACGACACCAGACGUGUUUAUACCGCUUCUGUAGCAAGGCGAAACCCCAAGACCCCCUUGAUCUACAUCUGCGCCACCAUGUGGCACGAGACGGAGAACGAGAUGUUACAGAUGCUGAAGUCAAUCUUCAGACUUGACAUGGACCAGUGCUCCCGUCGCCUGGCGCAGCAAUAUCUCGACGUAAAUGACCCGGAUUACUAUGAGUUUGAAGGUCACAUUUUCUUUGAUGAUGCGUUCACUCCUCAUGCGGAUGGUAACUCUAACUACACAGUGAACGAUUUUGUCAAACUCUUGGUUCGUGUUGUGGACAUUGCUGCCAGCUCCAUACAUCGAAUUCCAAUGUCCAUCACUCCUCCUACAAAGAUCCCAACUCCUUAUGGGGGUCGUCUUGUAUGGCUGCUACCUGGUGGCAAUAAGUUGGUGGCACACCUUAAAGAUAAAGCAAAGAUACGACAUAGAAAAAGAUGGAGUCAGGUAAUGUAUCUGUACUAUUUCUUGGGUUAUCGCCUGAUGCAGAAGGUAGAAAACGUAAGCAAAGUUGGAAAGCUGGCUGAAAACACGUUCCUCUUGGCGCUUGAUGGCGAUGUUGACUUUCAGCCCUCUGCCGUCCAGAUUCUGGUGGACCUGAUGAAGAGGAACGAAAACGUGGGGGCUGCAUGCGGUCGUAUUCACCCUAUAGGAUCAGGUCCUAUGGUUUGGUACCAGAAGUUCGAAUAUGCCAUCUCUCAUUGGUUCCAGAAGGCAACGGAACAUAUGAUUGGUUGCGUUCUCUGCAGCCCCGGAUGUUUCAGCUUGUUUCGCGGUUCUGCUCUCAUGGAUGAUAACGUGAUGCGGAAAUACGCGACCACGCCCACCGAGGCUGUACACUACUUACAAUAUGAUCAAGGUGAAGAUCGUUGGCUGUGCACCCUAUUACUACAACAAGGGUACCGCGUGGAAUACAGUGCUGCUUCUGACGCUCUUACCUACGCUCCAGAGACCUUUGACGAAUUUUUCAACCAAAGAAGACGUUGGUCACCAUCAACUAUGGCUAACGUUAUGGACUUGCUCCUCAGUUUCAAACACACCAUCAAGGUGAACCAGGACAUUUCCAUGUUAUACAUCAUCUACCAAGCCUGUCUCAUGGUGUCCUCCAUUUUGGGACCGGGAACAAUAUUCUUGGUGGUUGUAGGAGCUUUCCAGACUAUCCAGAUCGGACAAAGCGGACAGUUGGGGGAUAUUACGUCCUUCAUCGUAAACCUGGUGCCUAUCGUACUCUUUAUCAUACUGUGUUAUGUUACAACUACGAAGACUCAGCUAUUUGUAGCAGCCAUAAUGUCUUCUAUUUACGCCUUGGUGAUGGCACUGGUUCUGGUCAGCAUCAGUCUGCAGAUAAGUGUGCAAGGACCGUGCUCCCCUACCGCCUUGUUCUUUUUCCUUGUGGCUGGCGCCUUUCUAUUGGCUGCUAUCCUCCAUCCUCAGGAAUUCGCCUGUGUGUUCGCCGGUGUGUUGUAUUAUCUGCUCAUUCCCAGUAUGUACCUGUUGCUUUUUAUAUACUCCAUGUGCAACCUGCACGUGGUCUCAUGGGGCACGAGAGAGGUCAAGGUUGCAGAGAUGCCAACUCCCAAUAAAGGUAAUCAGCAAGCCAAAAACACGAAAGAGAAGACAGAUAACUCAGCCAGUGCUGCCUUGAUGAAACUUUUCAGCUCAGCGACGGCGGAAAAGGGCGAGGAUGGGUUCAAAUUUACGUUUGGAAAACUCUUCCGGUGUAUCUGCUGUCCACGUGACAAUGGUGAAGGCAUGAAUCAAAAGUUGAACGGCUUGUUUUCUCGCAUGGAAGAAAUGGAAAGGAAAUUGCUGAAUCAGAGAACGGCGUUGGUUGCUGGAAGAGGUUUGUCAGGCUCCACAGCAGAGAGUAAUUUACGUGUGCGCACUGAGAGUAUGGUGGAAGAUCGUCGACCGUCUUUUACGAUGGAGAACGAAGACUUCCCAAAAUUAGAUAUCUUGGAGGAGGAUGUGUUUACCGUUAACCCAAUGUAUGAGGAAGAAGAACGCGACGAACUCGUCAAUCCAUUGUGGACGGAGGACGAAGGCCUUAAGGACGGGCCUAUAGUUCUCCAAGAAGAGGCAGAGACACAAUUUUGGCAAGAGCUCAUCAAACAAUACUUGUAUCCCCUGGAAAACGACCCAAAGCACCAGGAGCACAUGGCUGCCGAGCUAAAAGAACUGCGCAACAAGGUCACAUUCGCCAUCUUUCUUCUGAACGCCAUUUUUGUGGUGGUGAUCUUUGUGCUUCAAACACAAAAAGAAGAUGAGAACGGACACGGACUUUCUCUUCCUUGGCCGUUCCAAUGCGGCGAUAGUCCCCCUUCCAAGCCUGUGAAGUUGGAGCCUAUCGGGACGGUUUUCUUGAUAUUCUUCCUGUUGGUUCUCCUUAUUCAACUUCUUGGGAUGAUAGCUCAUCGUCUGCUGACCUUCUGGCACAUCAUGUCUACAACCCCCGUCUCAGGAAAACUCGAUCAAACUGCCGCAAAAAUCGCUCUUGUGCGCGACUUACAACGCCUUCCGCAGGGCGAUGACGAUUCCGACAGAAUGUCGGUGUGCAGCUUCACUUCCGGUGCCUCCGACGAAGAGUUCAAUUUUGCCAGAGAGAGGAAGAAGUCAUUCGCGAAACACAUCAAGAAAAAGAAGAAGACAGUUAAGGAGGGAUAUGCCACUAUGAAUAAAGCAUUUGUUGAGCGCUUCUUGGCAUUGUCCGACCAAGGGCCUGAGAAACUUCAGCAACAACAUGGACGGCGAAACACAAUGAGUGCCAGCUACCAGGAUCGUAAACGCAAGCAAGCUCUAGCAAGCUUAGCUGAUGAGUGGGACCAGGUGUUCCAAGAAGAGAAGAUUUCCAAAUUACGUAACAAGUGGAAAGGGGCGGCCAGAGCCAUCCAGCUCACCCGAGCGUUUCAACUGAAGAAAGCUGUCAAGGCGCAGAACAUUGAAACUAUUAACGAGUCGGCGGAGGGCUCGGCAAGCGGANACGAAUGA